AUGACGGGAGGCGUCGAUGCCGGGCGACGAGGGGUGCGGACGCGGGUGAUGCUUCCGUUGGAUUGCGUCGAGACGCGCGGCGACGCGCCGCGGGACGCGACGCGGACGGCGGCGACGCUGGACGCGCUGAAAGCGUCUGGGGUCGAGGGCGUCAUGGUGGAUUGUUGGUGGGGGAUCGUCGAGGGUGCGGCGCCGAGACGGUACGCGUGGGAGGGGUAUCGGCGAUUGCUGGAGAUGUGUCGCGCCCGGGCGUUGCGCGUGGACGUCGUCUUGGCGUUUCACGCGUGCGGGAGCAACGUCGGGGACGGUGCGUGCGAGAUCGCGCUCCCGCAUUGGGCGCGGGGGGUGGAGGCGAGGGAGAACAUGUAUGCCGACCGUCGAGGAUCGGUCACGGAGGAGUGCUUGUCGUUGUGGGGGGACGAGACGCGGGACGCGCGGCGAGGCGAUAGAACGCCGCUCGAGUGUUACCGAGAUUUCAUGCGCGCGUUCAGGGACGCGUUCGAGCGCUUCAUGCGCGUCGACGCGGGAGAGGAUGGGCCGACGAUCACGCAAGUCAUCAUCGGACUCGGGCCGUGCGGGGAGCUGCGAUAUCCGUCGUACAGGGCGUCCUCGGGAUGGCGCUUCCCGGGCGUCGGCGAGUUUCAGUGUUACGACGAGCGCGCGCGGGCGUCGCUCGCGUACGAGGCGGCGGCGUUCGGGAAGCCCGAGUGGGGACGGCAUCCGCCUCCGAACGGACCGGACUACGCGUGCGAUCCCGAGGGACGACCGAUUCCGCCUUUGCGCGAGACGAGCGCGAGCGACGACGAGCCCGAGGCGAAGAGACGACACGCGAUGCCGCACGUGGAAUCCGACUCGAGCCUGACGAGUGCGAGUUUUUCCCUCGCCCCCGAGUGCGCGACGCGAAACUUUUUCGCCACCGACGGCACGGGGUCGUGGGACACGCCGCACGGAAAGUUUUUCCUGUCGUGGUAUCACCGCGAGCUCGUCGCGCACGGCGAACGCGUCUUGGAGCACGCCGCGCGGGAGUUUCGAGGCGUCGACGCGACGCUCGGCAUCAAGUGCGCCGGCGUGCACUGGUGGCACGACCAUCCGAGCCGCGCGGCGGAGUGCGCGGCGGGGUACUACAACGCCAGGCCGAGCUCGAGAUCGACCGCGGACGUCCUGUGCGGGUGCGAGCCCGCGGGGUACUCGAGCGUGAUUGAUUUGUGCGCGCGCUUCAACGUCGAGCUCACGUUUACGUGCGCCGAGAUGCGCGACGUCGAGCACGACGACGCGUACAUGUGCUCGCCCGAGGGACUGUUCGAAGAAGUCGUCCGAUGCGCCGCCGAGCGCGGGGUGCGGGUGAACACCGAGAACGCGCUCGCGCGUUUCGACGCCGACGCGUACGCCCAGAUUUUGCGCGCGUACGAGCGACACGGCGCGGCGACGAUGGCGGCGACGACGGCGAGUGAAGACGCGACCGCGAACGAGGAAAAUGGAUCGCUUCGCUCGGCGUCGAGCGAUGAGACCACCGCGCCGGGCUCGCGCGCGUCGUUCGAAUCGAACCGCGGCGUCCGCGAACGCGUCCUCGGCGCCUUCACCUACCUGCGCGCGUGCGACGCCCUCUUCGAACCCGCCAACUUUACGCGCUUUUCAAACUUUGUGCGACGCAUGUCAGAGCUCUGA